AUGAAAUCUAUUAUUAACUGGGCGGAUUUAGAUGCGCACAAAAUCAUACAAUUGGUCAUUAUCAUUGGCGGAUAUAUAGUUCUUAGACAAAGAUUUGUCAAAUAUAUGAAGAAUAAAGAGCUUAAGCAACAACUUACUGAAAGGAAAAAGGAAAAUGCAGAGCAUUUGAUUGAUAGGCCAGAAGACUUAGCCGAUGAUCCUCUAUCUGUGAGUGAGAGGUCCUGGGGCUGGGGAAAGGAAACGAGAAAGAGAGUCAGGAGGCAACAACACAUUUUGGAAGAGCAGCUUAAAUCAGAGCAGCAAACGACUGAGGAUGGUGUUGACAGUGAUGCUGAGAUUGAGAAUUUACUUCAGUGA